AUGGCACAAGACCAUAGGAAGCUCGGUUCAGAAAUGAUUAGCCACAACAUUAGAGAGCUUGUCAACCGAGACGAUUCACUUAAGGUGAAGGUGAUCAUUGCCCAUAUUCUUGAAAAAUAUAGGUACAUAAUAUCUUGCAGGAAAGCACAGAUCGCUAAGUGUAAGGCCAUAGAGUCGCUCUACGAAAAUUGGGAAACAUAUUACAACGACCUGCCACAGUGGAUAUUGGUAAUGAAAACCUAUCUUCCUGGAACCAUUAUUGAUUUGCAAACCCUACCUGCAAUUUCAAAUGAUGGUUCCCAAAUCUCUGAAAAACGAAUCUUCCAUCGUCUGUUGUGGGCAUUUCGACUGUGUAUACGUGGCUUCGCCUACUGUAAGCCCCUUGUGCAAGUAGAUGGAACAUGGUUGUAUGGAAAAUAA